AUGUCCGACUUCAAGGCGUCCGUUGAGCCAACGAGCAAGGGCUUUGCGGUUUGCGGGUAUGAGAAGAUUGAAUACGACUUUGAAUUUCUCGAUGGAGUCUUUCUUGUUUCAAACCCUCAGUUGGCCGAAAACUACAAACCCUGGAGCCGGUGCCUGGCCAUCAUGGAUCUGAACAUCUACAACCUGUACGGGAAGCAGAUUCAGCAAUACUUUGAUCACUUUGGAAUCGAGCUCAAAGUUCACAGAACUAUGAUCGGUGAAAAGGCAAAAAGCAUGGAAACAAUGCUCAGCAUCGUCGACUCGAUGACCGAGUUUGGCGUGUACCGCAAAGAACCGGUCCUGGUUGUGGGCGGCGGUCUCGUCACUGAUGUGGCUGGCUUUGCCUGCGCCGCCUAUCGUCGAAACACAAACUACAUCCGCGUACCGACUACCGUCAUUGGCCUCAUAGACGCAUCUGUCUCCAUCAAGGUCGCCGUCAAUUACGGCAACUACAAGAACCGCUUGGGAGCUUACCAUGCCCCUGCCAAGACGUUCCUUGACUUCACUUUCCUAACGACCCUCCCUGAGGCUCAGAUUCGGAAUGGAUUCGCUGAACUUAUUAAAAUAUCCUCGUGCGCUCACAAAGGAACUUUUGAUCUUCUUGACGAGUUUUGCGAGGACCUCAUUGGUACCGCGUUUGGCAGACUUGAUUCCUCUAACACCGCCGUAAAGGCCGCUGCGGACAAGAUCUGCCGAGCUGGCAUCUACGAGAUGCUCAAGCUCGAGACGCCCAACUUGCAUGAAAUCAUGCUUGACAGGGUGAUUGCGUAUGGUCACACAUGGUCACCCACUCACGAGCUUGUGCCAGACCCUCCUCUUCGUCACGGACAUGCCAUUUCCGUUGACAUGGCUUUCUCGGCCACGCUGAGCUUCCUCAGGGGCAAGCUCACCAAGCUUGAUCAUCUGCGGCUACUUAAACUAUUUUCGCGGGCUGGUUUAUCCAUGGAUCAUGAUGAUUUUGACGAGCAGCUCCUCGUGGAGGCCACGGCAGCAAUUCUCAAGACACGAAACGGAAAGCUCCGCGCUGCCGUCCCCGUGAGUCCGAUGGGGGACUGCAUCUUUCUGAAUGAUGUGAGCCACGAUGAGAUGUGCGCAGCCUUGAAGUUCCACAAGGAUCUCAUGGGAGAGUUUCCGCGCGACGGCGCUGGUAUAGAUGCCUACGUUGAUGCGAGUGACACGGGCUACACCAUGGGUGGAGAGCCCAUCGAAACCAUGAUGGAGCAGUUAGGCUCCAAGGAAGACAUGGAAACGGCAAACCUACCGCAGGAGUUGAUGGUACAGCCUCCGGGUCUCUCCGUUCAAGCAUGA